AUGGCCGCGUCCUUGGACGUAGACCCGCAAGUGAUGAUGAAUCGAUAUCCCCAGCAACCCUCCCGCCCUAAUUCUUCUAGUCAGCAUUAUAUUGGGCAGAAUUCCCAGGAUCAGUCUAUGCACCGCUCCAUUAACGCAACAGAGUUUGAUCAAUGUAACAUAAACACAAUGCAACCUCACCAUGCCCAAUCCGUUACUGAUAUCCCAGUUGGAAUUUUCAAUCAACCCGAAAAUGCCCAGUCGAGUUAUCCCUCGCAUCAGCAAUUUUAUCCCCCAUAUUCACACAAUCAAUCUCCGCAAGGUCGUGAUGAUUUGGGGAUGUCGCCUUACUUUGGGGCCGUUCAGGUUGCCGAAAAAUUCAAUUCCGCUCCUCCCAUGGACCAGCAAUUGCAAUAUAUGGGUCCAACUGACAGUAGUAAUGGGCCCAAAGAUGCUGUUGUGGCUCCUGCCCCUCCUCCUGUUAAAAGAAAACGUGGAAGACCUGCCCUCUUUUCGUCCGCCGAAAAUGAUCCCGCCAGAGGCUUGCUUCCUGAAGAGGAAGAGCACACUUUGUAUGGAGCUAUCCGCUCAGGUCGUGCUUCUCCACAAACUUUGGUGGAUGACUGGAUUGAGCAGUAUAAGACAAGUCGAGCACCGGCAAUGCUGGAGUUGGUUCAGUUCUUCAUAUCGUGUUCGGGGUGCAAGGGCAAGGUCUCUUUGGAUAUGUACAACUCCCUACCGCAUGCCGACAUAAUCAAGCGAAUGACUGAGGAGUUUGACGAAGACUCAGGAGAGUAUCCACUCGUCCAAUCAAGUCCUGCUUGGCGUCGGUUCCGUGCAAACUUCGUUGAGUUCAUCCAAGUCUUGAUUCGACAAUGCCAAUACAGUAUUAUCUAUGAUCAAUGCAUGGUAGAACAAAUUGUCUCUCUUCUUACAGGCCUCUCGGAUUCUCCAGUUCGCGCCUUCCGACACACAAGCACGUUGGCCGCCAUGAAGAUGAUGACCGCGCUCGUGGAUGUGGCGCUGAACGUGAGUAUCAACCGCGACAAUACUCAGCGACAGUACGAAAGUGAGAGAGCCCGCGGAGGUGGUGGCAACGGCGCUCGGCGUUCCGGCACUGGGAAUGACCGUCUAGAUGUGCUGAUGUCGCGUCGACAGGAACUAGAGGAGAAUAUGAAGGAGGUCAAGGACAUGCUUAUUCUUCUUUUCAAAGGCGUCUUCAUUCACCGAUAUCGUGACAGCCAACCCGAGAUCAGGGCUAUUUGUAUUGCGGAGAUAGGUGUCUGGAUGCGACGUUAUCCCGCUAUGUUUCUGGAUGAUAGCUAUUUAAAGUACAUUGGUUGGACUCUUUAUGAUCGGGUUGGUGAGGUUCGGCUUCAGUGCCUCCGUGCCCUUCAGCCUCUCUACGAUGAUGCGACGUUCGUGUCAAAUUUGUCCCUCUUCACUUCUCGCUUCAAACAGCGGCUUGUUGAUAUGACUCUGGAUAAAGAACUCGAAGUCGCAGUACAAGCCGUCAAAGUUGUUUCUUGUAUCCUCAAACACACUGAGUCGAAGCUCGAAGACAAGGAUUGCGAGAACAUUUAUGAGCUCGUCUACUGCACUCACCGACCCCUUGCCCAAGCUGCUGGUGAAUUCCUCACUUUGAAGCUCUUCGAAGUUGACGCCAACGCUCCCAUCACGCGGACAAAGAAAGGCAAAAAGCGCAGCGAGAACACGCCCCUUAUACGUGAUUUGGUGCAGUUUUUCAUCGAGAGUGAGUUGCACGAGCACGCUGCCUACCUCGUAGACAGUCUGUGGGAAAUUGCUCCAAUGCUGCGCGAUUGGGAGGCAAUGAUUGACCUGUUGAUUGAGGAGCCAGGCAAGAAUGAGGAACCCUUGGAUGCGAAUCAGGAGAGUAGUUUGAUUGAAAUAAUGGUUUGCUGCGUGCAGCAGGCUGCCACAGGAGAGAGUCCAGUUGGUCGACAGUCCGGAUCGCACUCCUCGUCGUCCGUUGUGCUGGGCGCUGGGGAGACCGCAGUGCCGCGCGUUGGCCGGGGCGGUGCGCUGUCCGCGCGGGAGGCGAAGGCGCUUGCCGAGGCCCGCGCUCGAAUGACGGAGGCCAUGAUACCCGCCCUCCACCCACUCCUCACCCGGUUCGGCGAAUCAGCUGACCGAGCCACCUCCCUCCUCCAGAUACCGCGCUACAUGGAUCUUGAAAUCUACACCACUGGACGCCACCAACGCCAACUUGACCUCCUCCUGCAGUGUGUUGAGCGGAUAGUAGAGAGACACACCGAUCCAGAGACGCUGCUAGCGUGCUCCAGGGUUUACGAGGCCGUGUGUCAAGAGGACUUGAGCAUCGCCGCCAAUUGCCAGACCGUCCAAAGCACCCUCUUUGACAAGCUCUCCGACCUCUACCGCCGUGCCUUUCUUAACUACUUCAACGAACAGGUGAGUCUGCGUGCCUACGAGGAGUAUAGUAUGCUCACUAACCUGGGCUCAACUGUCAAGGUGGGCGAUGAACCCGAUGACGACGACGAGUUUCACCUUAUCUCUGCACUUAAGCGACUGUACGCCUUCUUUUCUUGUCACGACCUCAACGGCCUGGACCUCUGGCAGAGCCUUAUUCGGAUAGUCAGCAGUACACCUGACGAGGCAAGUUCGGAGAUAAUCGGUAUUGCCAUCGCCUGCUGUUCGAAAUCCCUACUGUGGCGACUGGCUCGUGUCAGCGAACCCGACCCCUCAAAGGAGGAAAUUGAAGAGCUUCGUCAGAUGUUGGACAACUACAUGUGCCUCUGCACCAAGUGGGUGGUCAGUGACAAUAAGCGCAUCGCCACGGAGGCGUACUUGUCCCUCUGCGAUCUGCUGGUCGCCUUCUCUCGGCACCUUGCCGUCUCGGAGCCCAGUCUCAAGGCCCUCGCCUACGUCCCCGACUCCGCCAUCGAAGCCGGUCUCAUCCGAUUCCUCGAAACCUUCGUCUUUGUCGAUGUAAGCUCCGAAUCUCGAUCGUUUUCCUUUACUCACUUUGACCACCUCCGCGCCUUGCUCUGUGCCAGCUUUCGAGAUGAGGAGGAUGAGAAUGUCAAGUUCGAGGCCCUACACGAGCGACGUAUUCAACUGGCGGGAUUCUGCAAACUUGUCGUCUACAAUCUCCUUCCAAUCAAAUCGGCAGCUCCUCUGUACAGGCAUUACAUCCGCUUCUACAGUGAAUUUGGCGACGUCAUGAAAUCGACCCUGGGUAAACUUCGCGAAAUAAAUCGCGUUCACACCGCUAAGAUGAUCGUCUACUGCCUGCAGCUCGGAUUUAACGAAUUACAGGCGUCCUGUCAAGGCGGUCACUUGGAGCGCGGUUCGGAGGGUUUCCAGGCAUUGCGUGAAUUGUCGCGUCGACUAAACCUCAGUUUUGGUCUUGACUUAAUGAAGAUUCGUGAGGCAAUGGUUGCCUUCCAUUCCGACGGCAUCCAGUUUGUCCUCUCCACUAUCCCCUCUGGAAGCAACAGCAGCAUAACCGACGACGCCCGCCUAGUUCCCACCGGCCUCCUCUUUCUUGAAAUCGUAGCUGAAUUCUCCAAUAAACUCUUGCAACAGGACAAGCGGAGCAUGCUAAAUUACACCUACAGGAUCUUUCCUCAGGCGUCGGGCGAGGAAUGGGCUUCGCUGCAGGCGUACCGAACGAGCCUCGAUCCCGAUGCCACGGACCACCACCACCCGGGAGGUGUGUCCAAUCAGAACCUCAUGUCCGGCUCCGUCGGUCCCGCCAGCCGAGGUCGAGGCAGACCGCGACGACCGCGGCCAGAGGACACUUCAGGCAGCUUAUCGUGUCUUGACGAUGGCGUUGUUUCACUGUUUGCAGAUAUGACCACACAACAGUUCGCGACAAGCACGGCGAUAAAGCGGCGAAAAGGCGGUGGUGGUGGUGAGGACCUUUUUGCUUCCGGAGCUGCUCCCCAUGCCGUUUCUGCCCGACGGCCAGGUCGCCCUCCUGGGAGCGGCAAAAGGCAGGCGGCGACCCCCGUGAUGCCACCCGCAAUGGCUCCAGCUCACGUCUCUGUGAAAGAUGUUGACGGUCACAUAUACGUUGCUGCUUUGGCGAAGUUUUUGAAGAAGACUGGUAAGGUUAGGGUUCCCGAUUGGGUCGAUGUCGUGAAACUUUCCACUGCAAAUGAACAGGCCCCUUACGAUCCUGACUGGUUCUAUAUCCGAUGUGCCGCUGUCCUGCGUCACUUAUAUCUCAGGCCUUCCGGUAUGAAUGGUCUUAGCAAGGCUUUUAGCCGUGGCAAGCGCAACGGAGUUUGCCCGCGGCAUCAUGUUAAAGCUUCGACUGCUAUUCUCCGUCGUUGCCUCCAUGAAGUGGAGAACAUGGGCCUUGUUGAGAAGUGCCCUGAUGGUGGACGAACUAUUUCACGAAUUGGACGACGCGACAUGGACAGUGUUGCCUACCAAACUGUGAGGGCUAUAAGGGCUGCUAAGUAA